ACGUCAUUGAAUGUUUCAGAAUGCUACGUAAACGACGCUAUGGCGACAUAUGUAAUACUAACCAACUAACCAAUGCGUUGUUGUUGUUGUUGUUUUAAUUAUCCAGCGGACAGAGAGUGAAUAAUCACAUACAAUGGAGGAAACGUGGGACUUUGAGUUUCUGUCGCGCAUCGCUGACAGCUGCUUGUCGUUUCUCUCCGAGUUUGUGGACGACUGGCUCGCUAACGAUAUGAGAGUGUCGAUAUUCAAAAUCCUGCUCAGCUGGUUAAUUUUUAGCCUUAUCGCGAUUCACUUUGCGUGGAAGGUCUACGGGAACACGGUGAACGAUAUGUAUUAUCGACAAGGGACUGGCCAGAAUGGAGGCACACCUGAAGCAGCACCUCACCUCAGUGGAUGGGGAAGGAAAGCUGGAGAUCCAUUGAAGACUCAUCGAGAUUAGCAGGACGAUGAACUUUGACUUUGGACUUUAUCCAGGUGACAAAUGGACAUUUUACAUUCUUCUGAGACACAGAUUGCUUUAAAAGAUCUGUGGGGGGGACAACCUUUAGUGCAUUCAAGAUGGAUGCACCCUCUGAUGUCUGCCUGGAGUAACAUGUUACCAUGCACACCAACAGUUAUACAACAGCACACUGAUAUACAAACGUAUGUAGUGCUGUUAAAUAUUUAUUUUAGUCUAUUAUCUAAGAACAAACAUGGUGUCGGUGUCCAUUUUAUUUCUUUCAAGGGUCUUCAAAAAUAUUGUUUUGAUAGUAGACAUGGCAUUUUCCAUUCCACAUGGACCACGUGGAAACAAAUAAUUGCACUUGAUUUGAUUUGAUUUCUGUAUGGAACUAAUAAAGUACAGUAUUUUUUAAAAGUUAAGACAUACAGCAUCAAGUGGAUGUAUAUUUUUAAUAAUGGUAUAGCUUAAUUGCAUGUGUGUAUUCAUGAGUAGAGUUUUUUUUAUCAGAAUAUCUUUAUUGUCUUUGUAUAAGUACAAUGAAGGUAGAGCUCUCGGCAAUGCUACUAUGAAAAUAAAAAUAUCACCAAUUUGAUAAUUAUAAAGACA